UACAAUAAUAGUUGUUCUGUAGGGCUAUGCCCCUCCCUGUAACCAAAAAAUAAUAGUAUUUGAACUUGAAUCAAUAUCCUCCACUUUCUUCUUCUCCUCCAAAAACAAAUGGGUUCUUCUGUGAACGAGCUUCUGUUUCUGGAAGAGCCUCUUCUUCAGGAUGAAGGGGACAGUCAAUACACAGGAGAUGGCUCAGUUGACAUUAGAGGAAGGCCUGUUCUUAAGCAGAAUACUGGGAAUUGGAAAGCAUGCCCCUUUAUUCUAGGCAAUGAAUGUUGUGAACGUUUAGCUUUCUUCGGCAUUGCAACGAAUCUUGUUACCUAUCUUACCACCAAAUUACAUCAAGAAAACGUCUCUGCUGCGAGAAAUGUCAGCAUCUGGCAAGGCACUUGUUAUCUUACGCCUCUCAUUGCAGCUGUUCUUGCAGAUGGUUAUUGGGGACGAUACUGGACAAUUGCUGUUUUCUCUAUGAUUUAUGUCUUAGGGUUGUGUGUGUUGACUCUUUCUGCAUCUCUUCCAGCUUUGAAGCCAGCUGAAUGUUUUGGUUCUGCCUGCCCAUCAGCUACUCCAGCACAAUAUGCUGUGUUAUACUUUGCUCUCUAUGUAAUUGCACUUGGAACUGGUGGUGUAAAAUCAUGUGUGUCAUGUUUUGGGGCAGAUCAGUUUGAUGAUACUGAUCCCAAUGAAAGGAUAGGGAAGGCUUCCUUUUUCAACUGGUUUUACUUUUCGAUCGACUUAGGUGCUGUGGUAUCAUGCAGCUUCAUUGUGUGGGUUCAAGAUAAUGCAGGAUGGGGUCUUGGAUUUGGCAUUCCUGCUUUUUUUAUGGGAAUAGCUAUUGGAAGCUUAUGUUUAGGCACACCUCUCUACAGGUUUCAAAAACCCUGGGGAAGCCCUGUUACAAGAGUGUCCCAGGUUGUGUUAGCAUCAAUCCGGAAGCGGAAUCUGGUUGUCCCCGAUGAUAGUAGUCUCCUGUAUGAGGCGCCGAACAAGAGACUUGAAAACAAAGGGAGUCGCAAACUGAUGCAUAUUGAUGAUCUGAGGUUUCUUGAUAGAGCAGCUAUAGUGUCUGAUUCCGAGAGCAGAAGUGGUGACUAUACUAAUCCAUGGAGGCUUUGCACCGUGACACAGGUAGAGGAAUUGAAAAUCUUGAUCCGCGUGUUACCAAUUUGGGCUACUGGAAUUGUUUUUGCUGCUGUUUAUGCCCAGAUGUCAACAUUGUUUGUGGAACAAGGAAUGAUGAUGGACACAAGUAUUGGUUCCUUCAACUUACCACCAGCUUCCCUCGCAACUUUUGACGUGAUGAGUGUUGUUUUGUGGGUUCCUGUAUAUGACAGGAUCCUUGUUCCUAUUGCAAGGAAAUUUACAAGCAAGGAAAGUGGCUUUUCAGUGUUUCAGAGAAUGGGAAUUGGCCAUUUUAUUUCUGUCCUAUGCAUGUCAUCAGCUGCUGUCGUGGAAAUUGCGCGCCUGCAACUUGCCAGAGAGCUUGACCUUGUGGAUAAACCUGUUUCUGUCCCUUUUAGUGUGUUCUGGCAAAUACCUCAAUAUUUCUUAUUAGGCGCAGCAGAGGUAUUCACACUCAUUGGGCAGCUUGAGUUCUUCUAUGACCAAUCUCCAGAUUCUAUGCGGACUUUAUGUAGCGCGCUGUCACUCAUUAAUUUUUCAUUGGGGAAUUACUUGAGCUCUUUCAUUCUUACUAUAGUAACUUACUUCACUACACAAGGUGGAAAUCCUGGGUGGAUUCCAGAUAACUUGAACAAAGGUCAUCUUGAUUACUUUUUCUGGCUUUUAGCUGGACUUAGCUUCUUAAAUAUGUUGGUGUACAUAGUUUCUGCAAAAAGGUUCAAGCAGAAGAAGGCUUCUUAAGAUUUUUCAAGCAUUAUUCUUCUUCCACUUAACUAGUUCAACACAGGCCCUGCUCCCUCUCAUGAAGCCUUUUACUCAGAGCUGAACUGGCUGCAUAACACAUUCAUGUAAAUUGUUGGUUGUUAAUGUUCACUUGCUGUAUAUUGUAAAAAUCACAUUAUCUACAUUAUCUUCAAUUGAUAUCCGAUUAUUUAGUCUCCAUAGAAAGUUUGA